ACGCGUUGACGUCAAUACCAGAGGUUGCUAGUGAGUCAACCAGCAAUGGAUUUGACUGACAGGGCAGGUGAAGGUGCAUGCGAGAAGAUGGCAUCUCGUAGUCAGCGUGAAGAAGGCGUCCUUGCGCAAAGAUUACCGUACAUGGCGAGUCUGGUGGAGACAAGUAGCAAUCUACAAUAUGAAGCUGAUCAAUGGAUUUCGCUCCUGGAGGCAGGUCGAUGGCGAUUGCAGGGUCUGGUGGAUGCCUUAUCCACAACAGCCAAAACCUGGCCAGAGGUCGACGGGGGAGCGGCCUCGGGACUGGAGCAAUGGGUGAAGGACAUGACUCAGUCUAUUAUGGAGAUCAUCUGGGAAGCUGAGGAGGGGCCAGACCCGCGUUUGGACCCUCUCAUCAACUGGGGGCAUGUCGACAUUCUGAUGAAGAGAUACUAUGAGCUUUUCGACGAGGCUCAAGUCCAGCGAACUGCGUUGGAGAAGCGUGCACAAGAGGGGCGCGUCGAGUAUGAUGACAAGGGUCCACGUCAGACUGCAACGACUGCGACAACGAUUAUAACAACAUCGACUAUUGAUAAGGCGAUGAUUACAUCAGCAUCUAAGGCACUCACGAUGAUAUCAUCAGCAACAUCGAUCAGACCGAUAGAGCCCGUGAUUAUGACACUGACAUCUGCACACGACAUCAAUGUCAACAAUAACGACUACACCGACUACAACAGCACUGUGCACGACGGUGGUAUGGAAGGUGAGAUCCUGAGGUCAUGCGGGCUUGGGACCGAUAGCAACUACAUCAUCACCAAUGAAGACAUCGAUACUGCCAGGGGAAACGACAAUAACAACAACAAUGAUAACAACAACAUCGAUGCUGUGUAGGGUUUUCCUCCACUAGAGUGGUUUGUAGUUAAUUACAAUCGGAGGGGGAAGCUCAAUAUAAUUGCUGAGAAACUUGUAUUGUGAUUACGAUCUGUCUGCAAUAGGGCUUUCCUCCACUUGAGCGGUUUGUGAUUAAUUACGAUCGUAGGGGGAAGCUCAAUAUAACAACUGAGAAACUGCAAAACUAUCUCGCCCUGCAAUCAAGUUCUAUGCCCUAUUUGAGUCUCCCCCACUCCUCACGGUACGGCGGAGCUUGAUUCUGCAUAUAAUGGGGUUAAUCCUUCCCCAUCUGGGGAAGCAAUCAAUGCCCCGGGAUUAU